AUGAACAUAAAGCAGCAGUCCCAAGAGAAUGACUUCUCUGCAAUCUGCCCUUGGGCGGUGUUGCAGACGGGCAAUCGGCCUUCUCCAGGCCGCCUCCUCGUUUCCCAGAGGGGCUGUCGUGCGGAGGAACGACUUCUACGAGCUCUGGAUUUCCGAAACAAGUUUUCUUCUCGCCCAUACUUACCUUCACGUAUCAUACCUCCAGAAAGAAAACAGUUGCGAGUUGAAAACACCGUCAGUCAGUAUCACUACGCACUUCACAGCAGUCAGUCCAUAACAGUCACGCUGUACGUUCCCCGCAAGAUUCUUUUCAGUGAUAUCUUAGAAGUUAGAUGGCCUGACCCUGCUACGGCUGAUCUGACAAGAUGUAUAGACAAUGGCAAUGUGAAGAUCUCAUCAGUAGAUGGUUAUGCUCACCUUUACCUGUCAGAAUUGCAGCAAGAAUUUACAGUGGAGUUCUUAUGCAAAGUCAGCCAGUCAUCUGCAGCAUCCUUACGCUCCUCUCAAAAGAACGGCAACUAUCAAACCGGAGAUCAGUACGGAAAAUCAAGUAAAAAUUCUGUUGCAGAAAUGUCAUCGAAACAAAUGAGAACAGAGAAUAAGAAGAAUGAACAUGGUUGUGCUGAAGAAUGUUUAGCAGCUCUUCAGUACUAUACCUCAUUUCUUUGGAGAUUUAUCCAUGGUACGACAAACAUCACAGAAAUUUAUCCUGGUGAUGACUCAUUUUUCAAGUCAGAGGGAGCAUUUUUGGGAAACUAUUUCGUACAUUAUGCAAUCCAAAAAGGAACAAAAAAGAGAGAAGAAAAGAUGUAUUCAGUAAAGAGCCUACCUCCUGAUGUACCAGGAAAUCCGUACUCUGUAUCCUCCGUUAUUACUCAGGCAGCCAAAAUACUUCAGUACUGCUACAAGACUAAACUAUCAUUAACUCAUAACUGUUAUCUCUGCUGCUGGAAAAUGGUACCUGAGACAGAUGGACGAGAAAUGUUGCCAGUUUUGCUGUACGAAAAAGUUAUUCCCAGCACAGGAAGACUCCUCGUGUACUCGGAUCAUAAAGUCCAUGCUGCUUUUUGGGAUGGGGUGACCUUGAAUAUGGUCUGGGAUUUCAGCUCUUCCUGUAGUAAGAUCCAGGUAAAUGAAGAUGUAGGCUGGUGUAAGUUAACUACUCCUGAUGGGGUUCAGCAACUAAUGCAAAUAAGUCAUCCUGGAAUCUAUGAAAGGUACAUCAGAAUGGCAAUAGAAUGGUGCAGAAGUUUGAAUGAAAGGAACGAGAUUGCUGAAUAUACUGGGCACUCUCUAACUGAAGAAAAUUGGUCUGCUGAUGCUGAGCUCGAAAAAAUACAGAGAUUUAACUGUAUCCUUUGA